AACUGUUUUAAACAAAGUGUACUCUUAUAUAUUUUGUUAAAAAUAAACUGAAUUGAACCCAUGUGUUCAAAUUGUAUUGCACUCUCUGCGUAUUAUGACCGAAAACAUGGCGCGCACCGCCUAUGACGUACAACGGGACUUUGCAUUAAGCAGCGGCUUGCGUUCCGAAAUUAUCUGGGACUCGCUGGCGCCCGACCAGGCGGACGUGCUGCACCAAAAGCUGGCGAAUCUGAUCUGUGAGCACGAUGGCAGCGGCGGGGGGCAAAGUUCCAAGGCGCUGGCUAAGCAGCGCCAGCUGCUGUUCGAGAACAUAUGGAAGCAGCGCAUCUAUACGAAUGGCACCCUGCUGUCAGCCAUUAUCUAUGUGCUGGUGACCAAGGAGAGGCACCCGGUAUUGGCACUGCAGUCGACCAGCUACAGCUGCCAUCCGGUGAUACGUACGCGGAAAUGCAUGCGACCGGACGGUGGGAACAGCGAGGGCUGCUGCAUGAUCUUCAUCGAUGAGCAGGGACGUGUCUACGCCAAUUGGCACAACUAUGUGCGCAACAAUGCCCUGCCCGGGGGCACCAUGAUAGCGCCCAGCCAGGGUGUCUAUACGUUUAGCAACGACGAGGUGCAGCUGAUGGUGCAGGCGUCGCCCGCCUCAUGGUUGAAGCAGAAGGUGCUGAAUGUCAGUGAUAAAUUGGUAACAAUUGGUGGCAUUGUGGCCACGGUGCCUGUGGCUGCCACCCUAGCAUUGCCCGUCGCUGGACCCAUACUGAUGGCAGCCACCGUUGUCGGCGUCUCGACGACUGCGUAUAACACGGUGCGCUCCGCCUCACGGCUAAUUGAUCGCCGCUGGCACGGUCAGUCCACAUCUUUGGCGGACAGCGAGGCACGCAGCAGCUGGUUGGGCGUGGCGGGCGGAGUUGCCGGCCUGGGCGUCACCGGUGCCAACACGGCGAUAAAAACCAUUGCACGUGGCAGACCAGGCAUAGCCACCAAUCUGGCGGUCAAGAGCAUCAAUGUGUCCUCCAUUGUGCUCUCCGGCACAGGUGUGGCAAAUGGCGUCUACGAGCUGUACCUGAAGAUCAGCGACGAUCAGCCGCUGAAUAACUACGAUAUAAUGCAGAUCGCCUCCAGUCUGCUCAUAUUCACGCACUCCGUCAACAAUCUGCGCAUCGCCUCCAAGGCAACCAAUGGCUAUAGCCUGCGUCGGGCACUGCGCCAGCAGAGCCGCAAAGCGUUUGAGCGCAUCGCGCAGGAGACGGCCAAGCUGCACGAGCACAAGACCGGCGGCAAGUACGACAUUGUGCGCAUCAUCAAUGAUAUACCCUAUAAGGAGGCGCUGCUCAGCCUGCACAAGAUCCAUACGCAUCUGGCGCAGGGCGCCACCGUUCUGGGCGCUGCAGCUGCUGCUGGCGUUCUGCCCAGCUUUGUCAAUUUAACGCCCGGCGGGCAAUUGCGUCUGGAUAUGCAGCAGCUCGCCAGCCAGCUGGGCAGCAAGUUUGUCCAGCAGAUUGGCCAUUUGGGCAGCUUCACGGAUGUGCUCGACAGCCUGACCCGCUACUUUAGCGAGCAGGCGGUCCAGUUGCUGCUCCAGCUGACGCGCACCUUUGUCGAACAGAAUGUGGAGAGCAUUGAUCGCAACCUGAACACGUUUGUCUCCACGGAGCUGGUGCUCUAUCGCAUGCUGAUGCACUGCAUCAACAGCUAUGAGAACUGUGCUGUUCACUUUCUAGAGCAACGUCGUUACGAGAUUCUCGAUGUCAUUGGCAACUACUUUCAAUCCCUGCAACCGGAGCCGGCUAGCGCACAGAAUUGCCGCCGGCGCAAGUGCCCCAAGUGCCAGGGUGUCUACUAUAUGUGUCCAUUGUAAUGGCUACUUUCCACAGCUGCCAAAAAACA